AUGGCGCCGGGCUUUGCCGAUAAUCCUCCACUUUCUCACACCAGUCAAGGGGAAAAGCUCAAAUGGUACCAGCGAGGGACUGUUGGAAGCUCCUCGAUAGAGGACCGCAGCAUAAGUUACAACGAGUCUCACGUCCCAAGGUCAAGACUGGCUGUACAACAUGCAAAGGUGAGCGAGGAUUCUGUUCUCACAUCCGUUCUUGGCGGUUAUGUAACAACCCUAGGGCGCCGCGUUAAAUGUGACGAGCGCAAGCCCGUAUGCUCUCGCUGCGAGAAAGGGGGCUUUCGGUGCGAGGGGUAUAAGGACCCUGUUGACAGGCCAAGGCCCCGUCCUGCAGAUGGAACAGACCGACAAUUCGUCGAGCCUGCCGACCUACGGCCCAAGCCAUUGCAGCGCAGAAUCAUCCCCGUAAACGGCAUUUGCCCUGCUCACAUGUCCCUCAACAUAUCCCUUCCACCUGUUCUUCUCAAUAGUCAGGAUGCUUCUUAUUUUGAUGCCUUUCGAUACCAUGUCGUUGAGGACUUCAACGGGUGGACGGGACCCGGCUUUUGGGAUAGUCUCGUCAUGCGCGAGUCUCUGGAGGACGAAUGCAUUCGACAUUCGAUCCUGGGAUUAUCAGCCCUGACACGAGCGUCAUGGGUUCCGAAAGCACAAUCAGACGAAGCACUGAAAGACCUAAAUUCGUCUUUGGAACAUCCCAAGCUCCCCAGACUUGAGAGCAACGACCAUCGCGCCGCACUGUCUCACUACUUGAACGCAAUUUCUAUGUGUCGGGAGAACUCUGAGAAAAACAAGGAUUCUAUUGCCAAAAGCUAUGUUUCGAGACGAUUGCUAAUUUGCACAAUUGUCUUCAUCGUGAUGGAAAUGAUGCAAGGAAAUGUCGGAGCAGCUGUCAAACUCGUUGACAGUGGACUUUCACUUAUCGAAAACGCGUCGAGGGGUGGUGAUUUUGAUCCCGACUCCGAAUGGACCAUGACCGAAACCAUCUUCAAACGAUUUUCCAUGAUCACCGGUCUCAUUCGAUGCUUUUCUGGAGUUCCCGAACAGAUCAAGACUCACGCAGGAAUACCGACGUGGGACCAUGCUCGCCCUCCCCAGGAGUCCGUACCAACAACUUCGGUGUUACAUCAAUGGAGCCACGCGUUUGGGUCGGUUCGGCCUUUUAUAGUCAAGAUUGCAUGCGGUCAUCGUGUACAGCAAUCUAACUUGUGGGAGCUGAAUGAGAACCUGCACAGCCGGGCAUCCGAGAUGGAUGAAUGGCAAGAAGUGGUAGACAAGCAUGCCAAGAAGAACCGAGAUGCUAAAGUCCAGCGAGAACUCUUGUUUACCAAGUUGCAGAUUCUGGUUACAAGGAUAUACAUGAGCUGCUGUCUUGACAUGACGGAAAUGGCUUAUGAUACGCACACAAAAGACUUCCAACAGAUCGUGGAUAUAGCGGAGAUCUUCUCCCACAGCGAAAACUCUGGGCGUAUGAGGUUAACGGUCGGUUUUAAUCUCUUUCCAUGGCUCGGCUUCACCAUAGCCAAAUGCAGAGACCUGCAUGUAAGACAGUACGCCCUCGAUACAUCCAUUCGCCUCAUCUUCCGCCAAGGGGGCUGGGGCAACCUGGGAUUCAUCAAGGCACUGCGAGCUUUAGUCGUGAUGGAAGAAGACGGCCGAAACGAGAACGGGAUUAUACCUAGUGAACGCAGGUAUCUCUGGAGCUUGCGAGGAUGGGACUUGGAACAGCAUCAGAUAUGGAUGCACUGUGAUCCAGUAAUAAAGUCCAGUGAUGAUGACACACGAUCUGUGGUACAGGAAGUGGCAAUAGACUAUUAG